AUGGUCAUUGCAUUGAACCCUGUCUUAUCUCGUGGGUUUAACCACAGAGUUGGGGCAAACUAUAACAUCGAGGUGCUCAACAUGCGCCACAAUAAAUUGAACACGCUGAGUUUGGAUCUGCUGCCUCCGUCAAUCAAGUCUGUGGACGUCCGCAACAAUCGGAUCCGACAGUUUGUCGUUGAGGAAAUGAA